AUGGUAUUUGGAUUUGGUAAAGACGACGACGAUAAGAAACACGGUUCUUCUAACCGUGGAGGUGACUCUUAUGGAGACACUAACGAUAGCUACAGCGGUGGUGGAGACACUUAUGGCUCUUCAGGACGUGGCGGUAAGGACUCGUAUGGAUCCUCUGGCAGCGGAGGAAAAGACUCAUAUGGCUCUUCUGGCCGUGGAGGUAGCGACUCAUAUGGAUCUUCUGGUGGCAAAGAUUCCUACGGCUCCUCAGGACGUAGUGGUAAUGAUUCUUAUGGAUCCUCUGGCCGUGGAGGUAAUGAUUCUUAUGGAUCCUCUGGCCGUGGAGGUAAUGAUUCUUAUGGAUCCUCUGGAAGCGGAGGAAAAGACUCAUAUGGCUCUUCUGGCCGUGGAGGUAGCGACUCAUAUGGAUCUUCUGGUGGCAAAGAUUCCUAUGGAUCGUCUGGUCGUGGUGGUAAUGAUUCCCAUGGCUCAUCUGGACGUGGUGGCAAUGAUUCCUACAGCUCUUCUGACAGAUAUUAA